AUGGCCUUCGAUGCUGCCAACCAUCCCAGUCCCGCCGGCUCCGUGGCUUCGUCAGUGACCCCCAGCCUUAGUCACAACAAGCGUGGUGUCCCCGACCAGCCCAGCCCGGCAGGGCCCGGCAAUGCCGACUCCUGCACGCCGACCGGCGGCGAUGCCUCGCCUCCCUCGCAGCCGUCCGGUGGUACGAAUAAGAAACGUCGCAUGGGUCCUGGCUCCAGGGGUGUCGCCAAUCUGACACCCGAGCAGUUGGCCAAGAAGCGCGCCAACGAUAGGGAAGCCCAGCGAGCGAUCCGGGAGCGCACCAAGAACCAGAUCGAAACCCUUGAGCGCCGCAUCUUGGAGCUGACGUCGCAGCAGCCCUACCAGGACCUGCAGGCCGUCCAGAGGGCCAAGGAGGCCGUCGAGGCCGAGAAUGCCGACCUGAAGCGCCGCUUGGCGGCGUUCAUCGCCUCUAUUCAACCGCUGAUCUCAGCUUCUCCGCCAACACAGCCCGAGCCGUCACAGCUCGGCGAUCUGCAUACCCGGCACGGCCCUAACGGAUCCACAGCUCUGGUAGAACCUCCUGUCUUCCCCUCCCCGAGCGCAAGUCACUCGCAUGUCCAUCAGCUGAAUGGGCCCGUCUCGGCGAACUACGCGUCGACGCCGAACAGCGUGGCCUCGCCAGCCUCCAUCGAUCCCACCGCCGGCUGGCAGGCGACGCCGGGUAGCGGCGUCUCGGACCCGUCCUCUCCCAACCACAUGUCAGCCGCGAGCAAGAUGCUGAAUCAGCAGCGGCAAGACCUCCGUCAUGGCCUUGACCUCGGCCCGGAGAAGCUAGGGUUGGAAUUCCUUCUCGAUCAGAAUGCUCGCCUCGCCAAGAUCCAGAGUGGCGUCAACGGCGCCCAGGAUUCGUCGGUGUACCAUCACAUUCCCAUGAAGCAUGACUGGACCGCUGUUGCCUCCGUCCAUCCUAACCGAAGUCCGUCCCUCAGCGGACCGAUCGUUCAUAACCCCCGGUCACAGGCCGAAUGCCCUCAGCAGGUGCCAAGCGCGCCCACCGAGCCGAGAGGCUCAGCGAGCUACUCGGCAGAAGUCAAGAACUGCGGACCGACAUGCCCGCUGGACAGCCUCCUCCUCGACUUCCUCCACGAGCGCCGCCAGCGGGCGGCCGACGGCCUUCCGACGAACGAGAUCAUCGGCCCGCGCUACCCGUCGGUGCUCUCGCUCCUCAACCCCGCCAACAGCAAGUUCUCGCACCCGCUCUCCAAGGUCUUCACCGACAUCCUCGCUACCUUCCCGGAUCUCUCGGCCCUGCCCCAGCGCGUCGCGGUCCUGUACAUCAUGUUUCUCAUCAUGCGCUGGCAGAUAUCGCCGACGCAGGAGAACUACGACCGCCUACCCGAGUGGGUGCGCCCGCGGCCCUCGCAGCUGUUCACCGAACACCCCGCCUGGAUCGACCACGUGCCCUUCCCGGCCAUGCGCGAUAAGCUCUGCCGGGACUAUAACCCACGCGAGUACUUGUUCGACACCUUCUUUGUGCCGUUCACGACGACGCUGAGCCUGAAUUGGCCCUACGAGGAGACAGAUACCUUGCUACAAGUGCCGGAUUCGGAUGAGGUAGUGAUCAACCCUGUGUUCGAGCGGCACCUGCGGAGGCUAGAGAACUGGACGCUUGGGCAGGCUUUCCAUCAGACAUUUCCCAAGCUUGCGGGGACGUACAAUUUGAAGGUCUAA